CAGCGGGACCCGCUAAAGUAAGGCUCGGCCACCCAACGUGUGCUUCUCUUCCAUUCAAGGACUGAACUCCGUCCGGCAGUAAAGCUUUCUGCUGCUCAUUGACGAACUCAACGAGGACGACGAGAAGUGUUAAUACUUGCUUGCCCUUUUGCGCGCCAGGGAGCUGAAAUAAGUUUUGCGAUUCUUCAAGAGACGGAACCGACAUAAGCGCGCCCGCCCCGACCGAUCGAAGCUUGAUCCAAUCCUCUUCUCUUAGCUCAGCUUGCAUCCGAGUCGCGUUUCUUCGAGCUCAGCGUCGUCCACGCUCCAAGGAAAGAGCAUUGCUCGCAUUUGUUGGAGGAGUUUUUAAAUCUCAAACGCACAUUCACCUUCCCGCCGCAGCCUGCGUCCUCAGGAGUCCACGAACUUCUAACCACUAGGUAUACUAGUCGAAAUCGAAGACCAGAGCGAAUCGGUACAGAAGGUCAAGAUCCAGUUCGCGCACGUCGCAAGUAGCACUUGUUUGAUGGUCCGGAGUGCCCAAACAUUGAAGAUUGUGGCAAUAGAUUUCAGGGCUUUUCAACCCUGAAUAUCGUCAACGGGUUCGCCUCUGGGUUGUCUCUGCGACCAAAUUUGGUGUGGGUUCCUAAGUUGCGCGCUCUUCAGUGGGCAGUGGAAACGGUGGUUUGGCAGUUUCUUACCUUUUGCACCUGCCAAACUGGGCACACAUACCUCUGAACGGGGCUGCAUUUAUCUUGGAAAACGGAGCCGGGCGCCGAAACGGUAUAUCUGCAGCAAAAAGGGAGGUCUUUACAGAAUAGUGCAACUUAUACGCACAUCAAAUUGGGCUGAUUGUCGCGGGCUAGUGCCCUUGACAAGGUAUAUAAAGACUACCAGGCCAUGGGAUUCUCGGUCGAGGACAGGUAGCCCUCGCCCUGUCUGGUCCUCACGAGUUUCUCUACAAAUACCUUACCUACCUUACCUAUUUGAUCCUUCCGUCUUUCACACCUAUGUUGGCCUUGCAAAGGCUAGAUUCAAGGAUGCCGCAGUCGCAGCCGCCACUACCGGACGAGGACGCGGGCCUUAUCUUUGGUUGGCAAAUAGGGGUCAAUGUGAACGAGCUUUUCGGCUUUGACAGGGAGCCUCUCCCACAAUUGACGCCACCAGAUAAUCCCCAAGGGCCCCCGAUCCUAGAUACGGGAGACACUGACACCCUUGAUGCCUUCUUUGAUCAUAUGCACAACAACACGGAGCCUCCACCCAACUAUGGAGAGGGUUUGGCUCAGCUGCAGGACGACUGGUUCGGUGACAUAGGUCCGGUGCCUGUACUCGUGGGCACCUCUACCACACUCGGACCUCAGACGGACCCCACUCUUAGUUCUCCAGUGAACCUGGAUAUGCCUCAAAUGACAUUUCCAAAUGUUGGGCCCAUGGUCAACGGGGCUUCUCAACCUGCAAGCUUCACUCCCGUGCCGCAGGCCUCGAACCAACAUCAAAACCAACGCCGUCCUCACCACCAUCACCAUCACCAUCACCGACAGUCACAUGGCGGCCCUGCACCUCCGCCGGUGCCUUCACCUAUCCAGAUCCCAUUACAUCAGCCGCAUUCCGAGCAGGAGAUUGCCGCGGCUACUGCAUUACAGAAUACAGCGUUGUUCCAAAACCGAAAUGGCCGGCCAGACUAUUCGCCUUACACGGGAAACCAAGCGCCCAAUGGCGGAGUUUUUGGGCAAAGGCACCAGCCCCAGCUUGCUGGGCAAAAUCAUCACUCGCCAGUAUUCUCACCGAUCGAUAAUACAGCAAGCCAACCCUUCGGGUUCACAAUCACGCCGAAUCAACAUGCUCCGCAUGCGCAAGAGCAACUUCAAGUUUCGGCGAAUGCGUUUGAACCUCGCGUGUACAUGAAUGGCCAGGCACAUGUUCAACCCCAGCCGCAACGACAGCCUGCCCCGGCCGCCUCGUCUAGUACUGCGCCUCCCAUGUUUGAUAAUCUACGCAAUCCUCAAUACGGCUCUGAUCCCAACUUCAGUAGACCUCACGGCUAUGUCCCGCAAACGACACAGGAAGAAAGUGCGCAGCUUGAGCAAGAGCGCCUCAAAUAUGUGGGCUGUCUGGAGCCAGUUGCACCCAGCAGUAACGAGACGACAGGACCGACGACGCCGAUCUCACCCGCCCGUAGGCCCACCGCUGUGGACAAGAUGCUCGGCGAAUACGAUAACACCAAUGGCAAUGGAAAUGCAGCAAGCAUCGUGAAGGUCGAGUUGGAUGAAACCGCCGAGCAGAAGCAGGCGAGCGUCGAAGGAAAUGACGACGAACUGCAGCCGUUCAAUGCCAAGAGUAAGGGAAAGGCCAAACCCAAUGCCCGCCCUCGUCCCCAAAGGAAGCUCAAGACCACACCAGCAACCGCCAGAAAGAGCCCCUCAAGCGAGCUUGCGGCAGAUACCUCAGCGCCAGGGCCAAGCCCACUGAAUUCGGGCGAUAUCGAUGAUGAUGCGGACGCCACCGGAAAGCCCUCGUCUGGAAAGCGGCGCAAGUCAUCGACGGCGCCGCAGAAACAGCCUCGCGUGAAUUUGACGUCGGAACAGAAGCGACUGAACCACAUCAACUCGGAGAAGCGACGACGGGGCAAUAUCAAGGACCAGCUCCAGGAUCUGCAGUCAGAAAUCGAUCCUAUAAGGGAUCAGAAAAUGAGCAAAGGCGUGGUUGCCGAGAAGACAUUCGAGUUUAUCGAGGCUCUCUUGCGCGACAACCAGUAUUUGCUAGAGUUAAGUGUGCAGCACGGCUGGUCGGAAGACGCUCUAAUGGAUGGCCCGAGCCAACAGCACAGUGCUGGUCAGGGUUCGAGACCUUCAACAGACAACGCUUACACAAACAGCCAGUCGAUUCUAUCGACAUCCGACCAGGGUUUUGCUACGACCUUGCAGAACGGACACGGCGACCAUCAUCUCCACAGCGGUGCCCAGUCGGUCCAGUCGAACGGAAUACAUCAACCAUCUAUGGGGGCCUCGGCACCUCACCACAACGGCAUCAGAGCCCAAAACGACCUAGUUUCCCAGCCGAGCGGUGGCUACGACAGCUACACCGCAGCACCGCAAGAUAGUGGUGCCGGCAACUCUGCGCACGUCCACAACCCGCAAAUGUUCCACAGUCCGACCAUUUUUAGCCAGUGGAACGGCAAUGGCAGUGGAACCGGCGCUCAGAUGCCCGCAUCUCAAAUGCCUACCUCUCCCCAUACUCUAUACGGGUAGCCCCCGGAUUGGCAUACGGAGAAGGAUAGGCAUACUUAUACGCGAUACUGACCUAUAGCUUCGCUUUGCUUUUUCCUUUCUCUUUUGGUCAUAAAGAACACAUACGCUCACGCGCAUCCACACACAUUUGCACUUUGGAAAGGGCUAAGCCCACUGGCUGCUCACCGGCCAUUCCGAAUGUUGCACUGCACUGCACUAGAUGGGAAGAAGAGACCUCACGAGCCGAUACACCCUUUCUUUUUCGACUGUGGGGCUCACUUUGAGGUAGUCAGACAUAUACCCUGGGGCUGCAUUCUGCUUUUUUUUUCUUUUUUCUCCAGGUGACCGGGAGGGUUGUUUUUCGCUUCAUUCAUCAUUCUUGGGAAGAGGAGGGAAAUCUUGGCGCAAACAGGAGUCAGAUUGGGGUUUAUUUCGAAAUGGAACAGCUGUUAUGGGAUGGUAUUGGUGUUAGGACUUGUUCAAGGCGCGGGAUGGGCCCUGGGUUUGCUGUUUUGAAAUCAUCUGCUUUUUUUUCUCUCUCUUUUUCUAUGUUCUUUCUGGAGCCCCAUGACCGGAGGAGAUUGGCUGUUGUUUAUUGUCUUUGGGGUUCAGGAGCAAUGGUUUAGUUUUUAUAAUAUCCCUCUGCCAUGCUUCCGACAAUGUUCCUGUUUUCCAUAUGGAAAGGAAACUGUCUAUUUUCUUCUUCCCUUUUUCUUAUGACGACGUUAUGUUUACAAAAAAAAGUGUACCUGUUUUUGGUCUUUUUUUUUGUUGUUCAAUUUUUCUUUCUGGUCAGCGGGGUCCUACUUACCCAUUAUCACUAUUCUAAUACAGACAUGACCCGUCUGCAGAAGGAGAGGAGAGAAGGGGGGAAGCAAGGUUUGGGGGCGGGGGGACAGAUGGACAAAGCGGGCGGCUGGACUCUCUUUCGCUAGGUGUACUAUGUCGUCUGGAG